CUUCUCCUCCUGUACCAAGGAAUGUUGGAACUUCAAAACCAAAAAAAUGUAGCUCUUCCGCACAAAAGGGCUAGAAACUCCUAGGUCAGGAUAUGAUUAAAUUGAUUAGUUUUUCAGCCUGUUAUGGUUCAGACCAACCAUUUAAUAAUCCAGAAGAAAACACUUUUUUAGUGCCAGAAAUACUAUGGUCACAGAAUUACAAAAUCAUAGAAUUUAAGAGUGCAGGGGAACUCCUUUGCUGUCUUGUCCAGCAUUCCAAAAGGAUCCUCCAUGAUAAUAUAUAUAAGUGCUCAUUCAAUUAAGCCUUUAAUGGCCUCAGUGUUGGGUUUGAAUGCCAUUGCAGGAUUACUUUUCAUUUAAUCUGAUUUACUGGUCCAGGAUUAGGGACUUUCAAUGCAAAGCUGUCAGGGAAACUCAAAUACCUUUUUUCAUACAUUUCCAUAGUACUUUUGAUUUUUAAUUGAGUUUUAAAAAGCAAUUAUAAUUGAUUUUGUGUAGCUUUCAUAACCAUAUUUUGUGUGACCAGAUAUGAUCAUCCCAGUUUAACACAUGAAGAAAUUGAGGCAUAUAAAGUUAUACGGCUUGUUUAGAUUCACAUACUCUUAACUUCUACAUCCAGUAAGCUGCCAAGUUUUGAUGAGGCUAUUGCUAAAAUAUCCUUUAUCCCCUCCUCUCUCAUUACUUUUUUUUUCUCAGAGUCUAUUCCCUUUUCUCUAUUAUUACAUCAAAUCCUUCUUAUUUCUACUGCUCCUGCUCUAAUAAUAACAUUGUCCCUGGCCUAUUAUAUCAUUGUAUUUGCUUCUUAAUUAGUCUUUUGACCCCCGCUUUGAAUUUUCUCUUUUUUCAGUUUAUUCCUCUCAGAGUAAUCGUUUUAAGUACAAGGCUGAUCAUGUCACUCCUUCACUCAAAAUCUUUCAAAGACUCCCUUUUACCUACUGAAUAAAGCCCCAAUGCCCUAGACGGGCAUUCAAGGCUCCCCACUAAAUUGUACCCCAGCUUUUUCUAACCUUACCUUACACUAUUCUGCUCUAGACUAUUUGUUGAUGUCGGACAAGUUGCAGACUCUCUCUGGGCAGGAGAAUCCUGAUUCCCCAGGCUAAGUGGGCUCUAUCUUCCUGCCAUCAUCUCUGUCCAAGACUAGUUCAGGGGGGGCUCAGUGGAUGGAGAGCCAGGCCCAGAGAUGGGAGGUCCUGGGUUCAAACCUGGAUUCAGAUACUUUCUAGACGGGAAAUCCUGGGCAAGUCACUUAACCCCCAUUGCCUAGCCCUUACUGCUCUUCUGUCUUAAGAGUUGUUAGUAGGACAGAAAGUAAAGGUUUUCCAUGGAGUUGAUUGCCUGCUCUGGGAAGGGGGUAGGGAAGAAGGGAGGGAAAGAAAAGGAAUCAUUUAAAUGUGGAAAAAAUAUUUUUAAAAUUAAUUAAUUUAAUUUAAAAAGAGUAAAAAGGAUUUUUACAAACAAUAUAAGGUGUAGGUUGGGAAAGUACAAAUAAAACAGACUCACAUAAGAAAAAUGUUUUCUCUUUUGCAGCAAUAAACGUGCCAAGGCUUGCGGGGAUAGGACCCCGAUUGAUCCAUUGACACUAAAAAAGAAGAUGAACAGGAUGACCUCUGAUCCCGGGGUGUUUGCUAUCCUCAGCAGCUUACUGCUCUAUAUCACAGAGCGUAGUGAUGGGUCUCCCCAGGUACCCCCCAAGAAGGCCAAAUGGGCAGAAAGCAAAGAGAACAAAAGAGACAGUGACCCAGAGCCCCAGGACCCCAACGGCUAUCGGCGGCCCACCAAGUUCCAGCUUCUUCAGUCCAAGUUCAUGAACCCGAACCGUGAACCCUACAUCAAGAAGACCCGGGAUGUGGGGAGACUCAUAUUUAAGGACAGACAAGGGCCCACCAGGAGUUUUGUGAGCACUACUAUUAACAAGCUCCUCGAAAGAACCAAGGAGAAAGCAGGAGACCCCAAAAAGGCAUCCUCCGGAGAGAGAGCCAGGUGGACUAACCCCACCGGGAAAAGCACGGUGAAAAACAUCCUGAAGAUGUUCCUGGCAGCGGAAGAGAAGGAAGCGAAGGAGAAGGAAAUGAGGGAGAACCCUCCGGCCAGGAAGCAGAGAGCACCCAAUGGGGCUUGGCCAAAGAUCGUGGGCAAAAAGAACCCAGUCUUUUCCAAGCUCAAGGAGAAGUUUGAACAAAGUGGGACCCUUUGCUCAGAGGCAAACGUGUUGCUUCUGCGUAAGGAGGACCGGAAGAAAAAGAUUCAGCAAAGGAAAAAAAUCCACAAGCCAGAAAUCCGGGUGCUCCGGCUGGCCACGAUGGCGAGCACCCAUAUAAAGACCCCGCUGGUUCAAAGUGUGCUCUGCACGGCCGAGCCCAUGCCCGCUCUCAGCCUGGCCACGGUCAUCAGCAGCCCUUUCAGCUGGAUGUCCCACAGCACUAAAAUUAGUCGGUCUUCUUCUCGGACUGCUCCCAGGAGAGAAAGAAGUGAAUCCUGCAGCCCCCCGCUGACUAGACCCGAGGAGCCCCGAAUCCCCGGAAACCUGCUUCUAGGCACGGACAACAAAGGGCAGCUAGGAAGCGUGCCAGCUUUGGUGCCCAAGGGCAGGACUAGUCCAGGCUGCCCCGGCCCUUCGGAAAUAGCUGCCUCGGGCGCUGGCACCGCUCUUCCUUCUAAUCCAGGCUUCUCUCCUGCUUUGGGGGAAAACAAGAGCCCUCUCGCCUGCACUCCCCUCAGAGCUGCACCCAGCCCAAGCCAGCAAGAGGUGGAUGGGUUAGCUGGACCUGGUAAGACUUUAGCCUUGAGCUCGGCAGAGAGUACUGCAGAGGGCUUAUGGGAGGCCAGCCCACGGGGCGAGUUAGCUCGUUUCAGUGUCACUGAGGAGGACGGAGCACCCAGUAGCGUCCAGCGCGCGGGAGUGGGGGAAAAGCCCCAAAUGACCCUGAGUGUCUGUAGUUCAGAGGAGGAAGCCGAAGUAAUAAGCCCAGACUCAGAACGAGAGCCCCUAUUUGCCAUCCAGAAGUGUUUCGCAGAACAGAAAGCAUCAGAAACUAUUCCAUCGUUUCACUCUCCCACCUUCCAGGCUUCUCGCAGCAUCCAGUCUACAAUUGACCCCCCACAAGUCACAAUCCAUCUGCCAGUUGUUUAUAAAAUGCCACAUCCUCCUACCGCCCAACAAAGUGCUUCCAUUUUGGAAGGCUGUCGUCCACGUGUGCCUGAAGAAAGGGCCCUGCUUGAAAAUGAGCAACAAUUAUCCCUUAUGGAAUACAAAAAUGAUGACCAACACACAAUUACACCCAGCCGGCUAGUUAAAAAUCCAACUCAACUCUCUAUUUCCUCCCAGCAAAGUGAUCCAAACAUCCGAGAACUACAAGCAGAGUCAAUGGGUAUAGCAUUGAACGAUGGAGUUAAUUUAGACCCUGAGACCCCAGCUAACAUCUGGAACCAGAAACUUCAAGAAAAUGACCCCAGAGAAAAAAGCAAAUCUGUCCCCCCUGUGUCUCUGCAGGAUGAUUUCAUGAAUCAGGAAAACAGUCUUGGAAGAAAGAAUAGUAUUUACCUUCACUCUGAGAAACAUCAAUUACGGGAAUCAAACAAGAAGCCCGAGCUGAGAAAUAGCGCUUCAGUGGAGAAUAAUAGUGUACUCAACACUGAUAUACAUCCACUGCCAUCCAGUGAUUUAGUGAAGUCUGAAAGCCAUGCUCAGAAGGGCAAGGAAGUCUUGUAUAGCCAAGAAGGACCUGAAGUGCCUCCAUUACAGGACUGUGCUCAGACCCUAAACAUAACUAAGGGAAAUGUUAAUCAUGCCGUUGGCAAGUACAAAUUGAACUCAUCAACUGACAUGCCCCAACCUAGCAAUGAUGCCACCAUGGAGAAGGCAGCCGUAGGGAACUGUAAGAAACAGCCGGGGCUGUCGCUAGGUGAUACCCCAAACACAGAAGAAAAUAAUAUUAAGGGAGAGAUGAAUAGCUUAAGCAGCUCCAAUUAUAAGGAGCCAUCGACAAAUUAUUUUGUGGCACAUGGAAAUUAUCUUGUAGAAGAGAAUUGCUCUCAUAAACCUGACAGGCACCAAUUACUGGCGUCAAAUGAACCAGCAAGGCAUGGAAAUGGUACAUCAACAGAAAGGAGUCUUGUGAGUGACAAUGGGAAGUCCCAAAUGUCAGCACCUCGGUCCCUUAUGACACCUGAAAAUGCUUCUACAGAAGAGACUAGCCAUCAUAAGCUUGACUCACACCAAUUAUCUACUGUGAGUGAAAGGGCAAAGAGCAAAGCCCCUGGGACAGUGGAAAGGAACAUCCUGGGUGAUAUUGAAAAGAACCAGAUCCCAACAUCAAGUUAUUCCAUGACACAGGAAAACAGCCCCACAAUGAAGGGAUGUGUCUUGGGUGACUCUGAAAAGAAACAAAUUAUAUCAGAUUAUACCACAGCACUGGAAAACAGGUCAAAAAUAGAAAGGGCUUCGUUGAGUGAUCCUGAAAAAAACCAAAUCCCAACAUCCUGUAAUUCCAUGAUUCAAGAAGAUAAUACAAGAAAGAAUACUCAUCCUCAUUUUGGUAAGGAGCAGUUAACACCUAAUGAGUGGGUGAAGGGGAAAAGCAGCACCGAAUCAAUAAGAUUUUCCACUGGCACAGAGAAGAGCUUUGAUGUGGAGGAUUGUCAAUCCCUGAUAACAAAAGUGGGAGUGAAACAUGUAAACGUUGAUCCUGAAAAAAAUAAAAAUAACCUAGACAAGAAUCAAUUACCUCCGACCAAAAUACUUUCAAAGCACAAACCCGAGAUUCCAGAGAAAGAUAACUCCAAGUUUAAUUGUGAAGAAUAUCAACUAGCCCUGGAAAACUUGGAGAUGCAGGGACAUUCUAUGAUUCAAAAGAAUACUAGUUUGAGUAAUUUGAAGACAUCCCAGGUGCCACCAUCAAAAGAUUCUAGGAUGAAGGAAAUCAAAUCCACCGGCCAAAAAGCUACCUUAAGCAUGGCUGAAGAACAUCUGGUACAAUCAUCAAAUGAUUUGGUAGGAACUGAAAACUUUUCUGGGAAAACAAAGGAUGCCUGCCAAAGCUUAGAGAAGGGCCAGGUACAUUUGCCAAAUGAGGCAGUAAAACAUAAAAAGAGUCUGUUUCAGAAAGGUGGUGCCCAGGCAGAGAAGAACCAGAAAAUGCCUCUAAAGAACGCAGAGAAGUCUUUUGGCAGCUCUUCUGGAGAUCAAGAAAAGUCUACCUCAAAAUUACAUCCUAAGAAUAUGAAAACAAAAAACAACUUGGAGAAGACUGUUAACAAUCCUAUUGAUAAAAAAGAUACUUUCAAUAGCAGUGAGAAAUCUCAAAGACCAUCAGUGAGUGAUGUUAGGAAGAAAGAAAACCCAACCUCUAAGCCAAAAGGCACUCAGCAAAUCAUGAAAAGGGACAGCGUACCUUCCCCUGAACCUUUAGAGAGAUCUGACUCUGUUCCUGUAGAAGGCAAAAUACUGUGCCCUGAUUCUGAGAAGUUUCAAAUUCUAUCACCCAGUGACCCAGAGAAGUAUGAAAGCAAUACUGAGGAAGAGAAGGAAAUAUGGGGCAAAAGAGAUGAACCGAAAGAACCCAAGCAACAAGCCACUUUGGCAUCCUUUUCGAAAUACAAAGCCCAAAGCUUCAGUGACCAAGCUUCCUUUGAUUUGUCAUUUAAGCCCAUGAUCGUCAGAGCAAAUGAUACAUUUAAGCCCCCUAAAUGAGAUAAAGGAGCACUUUUAAUGUAUCUUGGUAUCAGCUCACUACCAUUGUUUUAUCAGAUUUUUUUAGCAUCUCUAAACUAUUACAAGAUCUUUUUCUGACAUCCACAAGGGGAACUGCUUAAUUUAGUGAUGCUAUUUCUUUCCCAUUGUUUUACAUGAAAUGGAUAUUGAAGGGGUUGAGCCUUAACAGAAUUUAAUGAUCAAGAGCUCUCUGACCAACGGAAUGCAUUAUUAAGGAGGAUGUGAAAAAUCUUCUUCUGGAGAAUUUUAAAGUGCUUUAAGCAUCUAAUAAGAACUUAAAAUGUUUUGCUUUUAAGAACUACCACUCCCCAGAUGCAGGGAAAUAUUCUGAAAAGUCAUAUUUCUAUUCCUUCUAGCCAUGGAAAUACUCAUAAUCCAGAAAGAGUUAGAAUUUUUCCUUCCUUCCUUCCUUCCUCCCUCCCUCCCUCCCUC